UCUAAAAUAUCGCGAAUCGUCAAUUUCAAUGUUUAAUUAUUAUAAGUUUUAUUCUAUGAUUCUUUAUUAUUAAUAUUCCUAAUUUUGCCUGGCAAGCAAUAGUCUCUAAUUCUAUUUUUAAUAAUUAUCUACUAUAAUCUAAGGUGAACGUCAACAAAAAUAAUCACUUGAAAUAAAAUCUCUUCAGAACGCUCUGCAAAUUCGCGUCCGUGAAUCAACAGUAAAAAAAAGAAAAAUGUCAAAUAUUCACAGUGUUUCGAAGAAACUUCAGCCCGUUAGUAAUUCGAAUAACGAAAAUAGUGCAAUAGCUUCAUCUAGUAAAAAGCAACAUUUUCACGAAGCAAUGUUUGGAAAAGAAAAUGUUAGCACUGGUAAUAAACAAUCGGCAACAACAAAAAAUCCCAUUCGAAGAAAAAAUGCAUUUCUUUCACCGGAAAAACAACGUACAAGAAAAGUGUCUGAUAGUGCAAUUUACAGUUCAAAACGCAGACAGGAUAUUCCAGAUUCGGUAAAAAUUCAGCACUUGAUUAACCAUUGGGAUUUGAAGGAGCUUGUACCUCCAAAAAGGCACCUUUCUGAAAAUACCGAAAGUUCAACAAAUUCUCAUGGUGUUCAAAAUGCGGAUUUAUUUUCAAAAGCUGAUUUUGAAAUCUUCAGAAGUAAUGAAGAUAUAACGGGACAAGAUGCUUCUUGUUCGAAAAAUCGUACAGGUAUACCCAAAGCUGAAAAGCUUCAUAUUCAAAAAGCAAAGAUUGUAGAGUAUACUAGAGUCGAAAAAAGAGUGAAAAUAAUUAAACCGCCUCAAAAUGAAUUAAAAAAAGCAAAACAUCCUCGAGUUCAAAAUCUUGUGAAUACUGCCUCAAAUACAGAAAAUACCACCACACCCGUAGAGCAGGCUUUAAAUUUACCACCGAUUUUAAACAAGAUCAAAGUCCAUCACAAGAAAAGUGCUAUUGAUGAAAAAUACGCAGCAACUCUAGUCGACAAUUCACCGCCUGAAUUGAUUUACAAUUUGGAGUACAUGGAAGAUUUUAUGGAUUUCCAACUGGAAUUGGAACGAUCUCACAAAUUAUCUGCAAAGUUUUUAACAAAAAAUGUAACUCCUGGACAGAGGCGUAAAGUGAUUUCCUUCUUAAUUAGAGUAACAGCGUAUUGUAGCUACCCAUCUUUUAUACUUUACCAAACGGUCAGAAUUUUUGAUGACAUGUUGGACUCAAAAAGAAUAGAAAUUGACCAAUUGCAGUUAGUGGCUUUAACUGCUUUGUGGAUUACUCUAAAACGAUUGCACAUUCUUUCAAAUAUUCCAUCUGCAGAAGCACUUCUAUCUUUCGCUAAACAUGAAUAUGAUGAAGAGCAACUCUACAGAUGCGAAAUGGAUAUCAUGAAAACUUUAAACUUCGAAAUAUCCUAUAUAGAACCAUUUUCGAUUCUGGCAUACUACUUCAUAAACAUUAACAAUCCUUUCGUAAAAGUGACUCGAACAGAUAUGAUGUACUACUUUGGAAGUUACAUGGAUGUUUCUGCGUUUUAUAUCGGCCUCAAUUUUGCUCAAGUUAAGAUUCAAUGUGAAAUUCGAGACAUGAUUCAAAGCAAGAUUCUGCACGAAACUCGAGUCACGAUUCGAGACGAGAAUAAAGGCGAAAUUCUACAUGAAAUUCUACACGAAACUCUAAACGAGAUUCGCGUUGGGAAUCGAUACAUAAAUUGA